AUGAUCACUGCAGCUGUCGGUGUGCCUCGUAGCAGACGUAAGCAAGCCUUUUCAUCCAGAGAGAUGAACGCCUUGCUGGGCUACCACAACCGAGUCUGCUCUCAGGUCUCCCCCCCUGCAGCUAAUAUGGAGCACAUGCUGUGGGAUGAAGGACUGGUGAGAUCAGCUGACUCUUGGGCAGCACGAUGCAUUUAGGAUCACAGUCCAUCACAAGCCAUGAAAUAUAUGGGCCAAAAUCUGUCAGUCACCUCAGGAAGGUUUCAGUCCAUCACUGAUCUGGUCAGGUCCUGGUAUGAUGAGAAGCACCACUUCUCUUACCCAGAAAGAUGCAGUGGACCCGUGUGCUCUCAUUACACGCAGAUGGUGUGGGCGAGCACCAACCGAGUGGGGUGUGCUCUCAGGAAGUGUUCUAACAUGUAUGUGCACGGAAGCACCUGGAGGGAGGCAACACUGCUGGUCUGCAACUACUCAAUAAAAGGGAACUGGGUGGGAGAGGCUCCCUAUAAGACUGGGAAUGUCAGAAAACGGCGCGCCUGGCCCAGUGGCCCUGGCAAACAGCUCUAUCCAGUAACAGCGGCCCUGCUUCUCCUCCUAGCCUGCCUCAGCCUGGCCAGGCCUGAGAAAGCCACAGAGUCUCAUGGGCCUUCGCUCAACUGGCCGGCUCACUGUCAGGGCUCUGCCUUCACAGGGAUGUAUGGCCAGAGUGGGAUGCUGCACUUCACCGACCCAAGUAAAGGUAAUGGACACAGAGACAAUUUGGAGAAUUAG